AUGGUUAAAACAACUAAUAAAUUUGGAUCAGAUGUAAUUAAACCAAAACUUAUAUUAGAUUAUAAUAAGGGUAAAUCAUUGGUGGAUGUAUGUGAUCUUCGAAACUCAUAUCAUAAUCCACUAAGGAGAACAUUAAAAUGGUAUAAAAAAAUUGCAUUUGAAUUACUUUUAAAUACUUCAGUUCUCAAUGCUUUAUCAUUGUAUGAAGAAAUAACUAAACAAAAAAUAGAUAUUACUACAUUUAGAGAAAUCUUGAUUGAACAUUUAUUAAGCAAAAAUGAAGAGAUUCCCACUGGAAAUGAACACAAAUUAGAAGAAACUAAGUCAAGAGGGCGUUGUGCUAGUUUUUAUAAAAAUAUGGUGGAACAAGGUGGACGUUUAUAUGCUCAAAGAAUUACUAGACAAAUUAAAACUAAAUGUGCUAGUUGCAAAAAUUUUUAUUGUAUUCCGUGUUUCUCUGAUGCACACAAAAUAAAUAAAAAAUAA